AUGAUAGUACAAGUACAGAAAAGAAAAGUGAAUGGAACACAUCUGGCAUUGGUCUACGGCGUCCAAAGGGAUACGUAGCUGAUAGUCUGAUACCAGCCUGUGAGUGGUGGAGGCUUUACACUUGAGGGGCUGUUGGUGAGUGCCCAGCUUUACUCAGGGCCCGCAUGAAACUUCCAAUCAGGUCGCUUCACAGCUUCCACCGUUCCCAGAACAAAAUUCGCAUAACCGAAAAUGGUAGGGGUGAUCUCAGUGAUGGCGGCCGACGGCAGAGAAAAGGGCGACCCAAGCUGAUACUGUGCCUCAACUGCAGACCGAGGCUGUCAACACAUCGUACAGAGAGUACACAACCUCCUGGUGUAAGUGACAGUGACACAACGACGAGAUCCAACAAGAUAGAUGUAGGUACUGUGUACAGAGUACUGGUUACGAGCGACGGUCUCGGCCGGCACGGGAGCGCAAUCCAUAGAGCACUAUGCAGGAAAAGCCCCGAUCAACAGUCGUGCGGAUGCGUAUGCCCCCCGCUGCAACGACGAAUUGAACAGAGGCAAUGGCAAUACGAACUGCAAGCGUUCCCGUUGACAAAAGGAAUAAUGGAGCGAGUGGCGUCAGUGGCCGUUCUAUCGAUAUCGUAUACUGGUGGACUUUGGAAAUGGGUGGAAACUGGAAGUACACAGUACGAAAGCAGCUGGAGUUCAACCACACUCCAUGUCAUGUAUUAGGCUCUCGGGUUCAAUUUGGUAUGGGAACCCAUGCCCAUCAAUGCCAUGACCAAAAGAGUUCCGGCAAUGGCAGGACAGAAACGAACAAAAUGGCAUGGAUGGGCACUGGAGGGGGAUGAGCGAAUGGACGAGCGAGGGGCAAAGGACAAGGAGUCUGAGUGACUGCCUACUCGG